AAAAAAAAAAAAGAAAAAAGAAGAACAAGAUAGAGGAAAUUGAAUCAUGACUGAUACAGUAGGUCGCUUAGAACAAUAUCGUCGUACUUUUCAAAGGUAUGCUUCCGUUGAAAAAGAUCAGGAAAAGGUCAUGAGCAAAGAUGACUUUUUGUCUGCAAUCGUGCCAAAUGAAGAUUUCAAAAAAAUUAAACGUGAACAGUUUGAACUUCUUUACAAGCUAGCGGAUAAGAGUAAUAAGGGCUGUGUUUCCUUUAAUGAUUUUGUUAUCUUUGAAGAUUUAUUAUCAAAACCAGAUGCUGAGUAUGAAGUCGCCUUUCGUGUAUUCGAUGUGAAUGGUACGGGCAAGAUAACAUUUGAUCAAUUCAAGAGAGUGCUCCAGAACAAUAUGCCACAAGAUGCAGUCCCUUUUGAUUUUGAUUGUGAUUGGUUAAAAUUAUAUAUUGGGUCUAAGGAGGGACACCAUGAACUUAGUUAUCAGGAAUUUACUCAACUUCUUAAGGGCCUGCAAGGUGAACGUCUUCGUCAAGAAUUUAAACAUUAUGAUAAGGAUCAAACAGGUUUUAUUUCACCCGAGGAUUUCAAAAAGAUUAUUUUAGAUGUUGCAAAGCAUAAAUUGUCAGACGACCUAAUCGAUCACUUGCCCACCCUUUGUAACCUAUACAGUGGUAAUAAUAUCAGUUUCGCCUCAGUUAUCGCUUUCCAUAAUGUGAUUCGCAAUAUGGAUAUGGUUGAGUCUGUUAUUCGUAAAGCCAUUGAUGACAGUUCUGAUAAAAAGAUUACAAAGGCCGACUUCUUGAAACAUGCUCACCAAGCAAGUCGUUACACUGCUUUUACUCCAAUGGAAGUGGAUAUCAUUUUCCAUUUUGCUGGAGUGGAUGAUGAUUCAGAGGUACUUGGUUUAGAUGACUUUGCUCGAAUUUUGGAUCCACGUUGGACUACCUUUGAUAAGAAAGAUCUUACUGACUUUGAUUAUCAAUUUGUGUCGGAUCAUCAUCAACAGGACCAAGAACAUGGUAUCUUGUGGCAAAUCGUUGGAAGUGCUUAUUCAUUCACUCUUGGUUCUAUUGCGGGUGCUAUUGGUGCUACAGCUGUAUACCCUAUUGAUUUAGUCAAGACUCGUAUGCAAAAUCAGAGAUCAAAAGUUGUUGGUGAACUUUUAUAUAAAAAUAGUUUAGAUUGUUUCAAAAAGGUUUUGAAGAAUGAAGGAUUUCCUGGUCUAUAUAGAGGAUUAGGACCUCAAUUAGUGGGUGUUGCUCCUGAAAAGGCUAUCAAGCUUACAGUGAAUGAUUUUGUUCGUGGAAAAUUCACGAAUAAACAAACAGGUGAAAUUGGAUUUUGGCAAGAAAUGGUAGCAGGUGGUGCAGCAGGCGCCUCUCAAGUCAUUUUCACAAAUCCUCUUGAGAUUGUUAAAAUUCGUCUUCAAAUCCAAGGAGAACAAGCAAAGAAUAUAGUUGCUGGUGAGAUGGCUCCUCCUCGAAGAUCCGCUAUUUGGAUUGUAAAGCAUCUAGGUAUAGUAGGACUUUAUAAAGGUGUGAGCGCUUGUCUUCUAAGAGAUGUGCCUUUUUCUGCUAUUUAUUUCCCUGUUUAUGCACAUUUGAAAAAGGAUAUCUUCAAGGAAAGUCCUGAUCAUAAACUUUCUAUUUCUGAGCUUUUAAUGUCUGGUGCCAUUGCUGGUAUGCCUGCUGCUUAUUUUACAACCCCCGCUGAUGUUAUCAAGACACGUUUACAAGUUGAAGCACGUAAGGGUCAAACAACUUAUUCUGGUAUUUUCGACGCUGCACGAAAGAUCUUUGCUGAAGAGGGUUUUAAAGCCUUUUUUAAAGGUGGACCUGCCCGUAUUUUCCGUUCUUCUCCUCAGUUUGGUGUUACUUUGACCGCUUAUGAAAUUUUACAUCAAAUCCUUCCUCUUCCUGGUCAUAGCAAUCCUGCUCCUAAAGAUGCUUCUUCAUCUGCUACUAUGCUUAAAUCUAUUGAACAAAAUACUACAUUCCGCUCUACUAAUGCCCUUAAAAUGCUACUAGAUCUUGAUUAUAGAUUUGGUGUUUAUCAACCAACAACAAAGAAAAAUGCUUAAAUAAGUAUUUCUCUUCUAGUAUGUGUACUUAGAUUUUUUUUUUUAUAAUAAUCGUGUAUUAAUGUUGCGUAUUAUGUUAAAAAAUAACAUUACAUUCCUUUAUUAUAUAUUCACUAAUAAUAAUAUAUGAUGAUUCUCCCCUCUUUCCCCCCCACU